UCAAACGAACCUAAAGGAGAGACAAAUCAUGCUAAUUGCAGGAAGCUAUUACGCUUAAAAAUGGCCACCUUCUUCCAUACACAGCAACUAAGAGAGUAGAGAAAGAAGAGCGGAGAGGAAGGAGAAACCUUCAAGACUCCUCCUUUGCUUGGUUUCUCCUACUCUUCUCUCUCUACUCGUCUCUUCUUUCUCAGAUCUAUAGCAGAAAUCCAAAUUCACCAUCUUUGAUUCCUUGCUUCCUGCUCGCGAUCCGCGAGAUCAUUGUCUCUCCAUCUUACCUCUUUACCUCUUUGUCUUCCACCUGUUAAUGCACUCUUCAGCUCUUCGUUUCCUUCUAUAGGCAGCGCAGCAAAAGAUCUCGAUUUUUCUGAGUACCUUCAAGUUGUUUGUGGAAAUGUCUCUGUUCGGAGAGACCCGAAAAGCUCCGGCGGGGUUAGAUUCGAUGGCGGAGAGAUUGCGCUCUGCUCUAACCCUAGAAAGCAAUAAAUCCGAUUGCAAUGACUUCCACGCGCUUAAUACCUCUUUAUCCCCUCUCCGUACCCGGCCCAGUGCCAGUACAAGCUCGAGCUCCUCCGGAUGUAUAGCCAGCGGCAUCGCUGGCCGGAGAACUCGCUCAGGCGAGCACAUGGUCAGCGCGGAGACAUCGAAGAUCGGUUCGGGUGUUAGAAGCAGCAGGCCUGGGCACCGGAGAUCCGGGUCUGAGCCGCUUAUCUACGUUGGCGCUAGAGGAGAAAGCAGCCCGGUGAGCUCGCCAGCGACCAAUGUGCUUCCCGCAGGUAACAUCUGCCCGUCGGGGAAGAUCGGGAGGUCCGGUAUAAUGAGCCGAAGCGCGGCGGCGAGGAGCGAUGUGCUUGGGGAGGGGGCGAGGAAUUAUGGGCAUGGGAGCAUUAUGCGCGGAGGAAGCGGUGGUUGUGGUACUUCCACGCCGGCCGGUGAGGCGGCGGCUGGGAGUGGUUUGGAUCCCGUGAUGAGGAGGGCGAUGGUGAGUACGGAUCCUGAGGAGGUGAGGAGGGCUGGGAAUGAAUUGUACAGAAGAGGGCGGUUUGAAGAGGCGCUGAGGCUUUAUGAUCGGGCGAUAGUGAUUUUCCCGGAGAGCGCUGCUUGCAGAAGCAAUCGAGCGGCAGCUUUGAUUGGGUUAGGAAGACUUGGCGAGGCUUUGAAGAGCUGUGACGAGGCUGUGAAGCUGGAGCCUUCUUUUGUGAGAGCGCACCACAGGUUGGCAUCGCUUCAUAUCAGAUUUGGUCAGGUUGAGAGUGCCGGAAAACACCUGUUUUGGCCUGGUCUGCAGCCAGAUCCUCUUGAGCUGCAAAAGUUGAAGGCAGUGGAUAUGCACGUGAGAAGAUGCGCAGAUGCUAGAAAAAUUGGAGAUUGGAAGAUUGUAUUAAGAGAAAGCAAUGCUGCUAUAGCAGCUGGAGCUGACUCUUCUUCUUUGCUUAUGACAGCAAAAGCAGAAGCCAGCCUCUGGCUUCACGAUCUUGAAGAGGCUGAUUCAACUAUUUCACAAGCAUUAAAGCUUGAGAUUUCUUCACCCCCCUCGUCUCAAGCUAAGUUAUUUGGUAUUCUUUCCAAUUCCUAUACCCACAUGGUUAAUGCACAAGUUGAAAUGGCACUAGGAAGAUAUGAUAAUGCAGUUGCUUCAGCUGAGAAAGCUAGGCAAAUUGAUCCUCAAAAUUUUGAAAUAACAAUGACUUUGAACAAGGUGAGAUCAGUUGCAAGAGCUCGUACCCGCGGGAAUGAGCUCUUCAAUGCUGGAAAGUUUGAAGAAGCCUGUUUUGCUUAUGGGGAAGGGCUUAAGUAUGAUCCCUUCAAUCCCACCCUAUACUGCAAUAGAGCGGCAUGCUUGUCAAAGCUUGGGCAAUGGGAGAAGUCCAUCAAGGACUGCAAUGAAGCCCUCAAGAUUUAUCCCCAUCACACCAAGGCUCUUCUACGACGCGCAGCCUCCAACGGUAAGCUUGAGCGCUGGGCUGAAUCUGUGAAAGAUUAUGAGGUUUUGAGGAUGGAGCUUCCAAGAGAUAGUGAGGUUGCAGAAUCUCUUUUCCAUGCACAAUUAGCAUUGAAAACAUCUUGUAGAAAUGGUGUAUCUAAUAUGACAUUUGGCGGUGAAGUUGAGCUGAUUACUGGACUAGAACAGUUCAAGAAUGCCAUAUCUUUCCAUGGCGCUUUAGUCGUGCUCUUCAUGGCUGCAUUGGAUCAUCAUUGCCUACGGAUUUCUCCAUUUCUUGACAUACUGAGCAGAAGAUUUCCAUCAGUGAAGUUUCUCAAGGUCGACAUCAAUAAGAGCCCAGCUGUUUGCAAAUCAGAGAAUGUGAUUACUGUUCCUACUUUGAAAAUAUAUAAGGAUGGCGUUAAGAUGAAAUAUUUGAUUUGCCCAAACCAGCAGGUGUUGGAGGAAUCAGUGAGACUUUACUGUCUGUAGCUAAUUGAAGCUUCUGCUUCUUAUGUCUAUGGCUUUGAUGUUCAUUCUUCAAUGUUUACAAAUGAAAUUACGAGCUCCAAUUGCAGCCUGCCUUACAGAUGAGAAAGAAACUGGUUAUCAUUUACCAAACCCUUUCUCCAUUUUUCAUUUACCUAUUUCUGUUCUUUAUUUCCAUUUUUAUACCUACCUCAUUACCAAGGCUGUUUUUAUUUUUUUUAUUUAUAUACAUUCCAUUAUAAAUGUCCAAGCAAUUUGGAAUUAUUAGCGUUAAUGUGCGGUUUUUUUUUCGUUAGAGCAAUGUUAUGAUGGUCAACUCAUUGUUCAAAAUGGUCAGAUUUAUGACACAUUCUAUAU